GCUUCAUUUGUCAUUUGUUGUCAUAGUUUGGGAAGCAACAAUAGGCAGAAGCUUACCACAAAACUGCUGAUAUAGUACCUUACCCUAUUCAGAAGGUUACGCCGAAGUGACUUUAACCUUGCUGAUGACAUUUUGAAAUUUGACGCAGUAUCCUCUGACAUUCCCGCAAUUCCCUGUGACAUUAUGAAUCUCAGCAGCAUCAUCAGGACUGACCAUGACGAGCAGUCGAACACUACUAAUGUCACAUAUGACUAAACAUGGUUGUACGACCACGUAUCGAGAGUAAGCAAUGCCGAGCAAUCUUAGCUGUUGAUAUACAAGUGUUUUUUGAUCCUGUAAAUGACAAACAAUUGUUUGUCUUUCAUCGGACAACUUGUGAACAAGUGAGGGAUCACAGAGAGACCUGGAGUUCAUUCAUCACGUCCUUUGGAGUCAUGGAAUCUGCAAAAAUACCAUCACCGAUAGCGAGGAUUGCCCUUGUUCUUUCAACACUAGGUUGCAGUAUCGUAUAUGUGAACGUUGAAGCUUUAGACCUGGUCACAAAAGUAAUCGGAGAUGGUCAUGAGUGUCGAGGCAGGGUGGAGAUCAAUCACGCAGGACAGUGGGUGACCGUUUGUAAUCGUGGUUGGGACAUGAGCGAUACCCGGACAGUGUGCAGGGAAGUGGGUUGCUGGUUGGCCUCCCUGCCCAGCGGCUUCAAAUUCAGCCCCAGCAGAGCCGUGUGGCUGAACCAUGUCAGUUGCACAGGUGAAGUGCCCGACCUGACGCACUGCUCGCAUUCCAACAGGAACUGUAGCAUCCUUGAAGAAGCCAUGAUGGACUGCUCAGGGAAGCCUGUACUGUCCAUUCUGUCCCCCUUCACUGCCUUCCAAGUCGGUGAGGCCAUUCAUUUUAGCUGCACGGCCCCAAGUGGACCGAAGUUCCUAAACUUCCACCUGUACAAGAAGGGCGUUGAAACUCCUCUUGUGACUCAAAGGGCUGACAAUGGACAGCGGAGAAUGGAGCUGACCCUUACGGAUGUGGAGGUCGCACACCAGGGCACGUAUAGCUGUGUCAACAGUGACCGGAGGAGCUCGCACCCUCCCAAGCGCAUGUACCACAGUAACUACAUUGACAUUGCAGUAGUGGAGCUUAACCGGCCGCAGAUCUGGUACAACACGUCCAUGGAGGCUCCCUCCGGCUGGGUGUUCAAGGGAGAGAGCUUCAGCGUCACCUGCUCCACCCAUCCCCUGUACCCGGGCGGCUCCUUCCAGCUGCGGCUGAUCCGUCCCAACGGCACCGUGCGCCACUCUCUGCCCGCUCUCGCCCCCGCCGUGACCUUCACCUUCAGCAACGCGCACACCCAGAACGAGGGCUACUACUGCUGCCAGUACAGAGUCCAGAUGGGCAAGCGUAUGCUGGCCUCCCGGGAGAGUCAGCCUCUCCCCAUCUCAGUCAGAGCAGACACAGAUCUGGCCAUGAGUCCUGUGAUGAUCAGUUUGCUGGUGUCAGGAUUGACUUUCGUCGUGGCCACCUUUAUCAUCCUGAUUGUGUUCAGAAUACUCUCCAAGAGAAAGAGGAAACUUACAGAAUUAGAAAGAGAGAGCAGAACUUGUGUAGACAAUACAUACAUCGCACUGACAACUAUAAAAUAAUAGGACAACGAAACAGAACCGAACCAAACGAAAACAGAAAAGAACUGAAGUGAGGAGUCACAUGAGAACCAGCCCACAGAAGACUAUGGAUGCAUCUCAACUCAUGACCCUUUCUCAGGAACAAGACAAAAGAAGAUUAGACAAGACAAAGACCAAAACUACGGAGAACUACAUAUUUUCCAUGUCGAAUCCAUCCAUCCAUUCAACGCAGGUUUGACUCCUGGGAAGGUCAGCCUGUUUGCAGGUAUUCAAGUAAACUUUUCAGACAGGUCUCGUCUGAAUACCAGAGCCCCCAUUUACCUUGAGCGAGUGUAGCACCAAAGCCCUGCUAAAUGUGUGAGCUUAAAAAUAUAUAAUGCUAACUCCAUCAUGUAAUUGUGUACGAAAUGCUACUAGGAUGUAGUUUGGGAGUACAGCGCUCAGUCCAAUACAAUACAAUACAAGCAGUGCAGAGCAGUGUAGUGCAGUGCAUAAAAUCAGACCGAUUUGCACAGAAGUCCAACAGUAAGCUCUAUGUUUUUCUUAUCCCGGUAUUGAGCACGUAGUCUAGUUAUAUUCAGCUCAUCCUCUAGUUCUGAAAAAUAGAAUAUGUUUUGUCGCCGUGAAAAAAAUUAAACUCAGUGCAGACAUUGUAAAAAAGAGAAAUACCAGUGGCAAAACAUGAACUUUGUAGCGUGGAUAUACUGUACAUGUAAGUGCAGGCACAGAGGUGUAAGAUUUAAUUUUUCUUUGGUAAUGAAUUACAAAAUCUUACACAUCUUAAGUAGUUAUGGUACAGAAAUAGCGAUAUUAUUUCCAGUAAGCAGUUUGUUACACAUAUCUGUACCUGCCAUGUGGGAAUUAUUUAUUAAGAAUCAUAGACAUCUUCUCAGAGAGAGAUUUUCCCAAAGCUGUUCUGUACUUGUCGCCUACAGUAGCCUUGCUGAUGCCAACCAUAUACUGUAAGUCUACUGUUAUGAAAUGUUUUUCCAGUAUCCUCACAUGAGAGGGAAGCAUUUACAAACUAUUGAGAUGAAAAUCUGUGGUUUGAAGGUGCAGGUGAAGUACAUUUGCAUAGUAUUAAGAAAUAUUUAGAGAUGUGUUGUGUAUGCAUUCGUAGUGAGGUGUAGCAGGAGUGGAAUCUUAAGUUCAUUAAGCACUUUGAUGGAAGAGUUGCAUUGUAGCUCAUCCCCUAUCCCCCCACACUACUCCAUGGUUACCUUCCAAAAGGACACACCUACAGUACAUACAGUUCAGUGUUCAUGAAAGUUCUUUGUCACUUUAUACCUCGAGAGACGAUUUUGCAGUUUGCAUGGUUAGUGUACAGUGUGUGCUGAAAUGGUCUUUGUUUACGGCUUGUGUGUUUUGAUGUUUCUGUAAUGGUUUUUCAUUCAGUUGCAUAGUUUACGGCUCAUCAGAACAGGCUGGGGGUUAUCUUGUGGACUGCCCUCAUGUAAAAGAAUGCAGUCAAAUGGGUCUUAAAGACCUUCUAAUACAGAGAUAGUGAAUUGUAGAGAAACAAAUGUUCAUUUGGGCGUGACAAUCCCUCAAAAUCUUAUAUGAAUGCUUGACUGUAAAACUGUGUUUCUUUUGUAUCAGAGGUAUAUUCUUUUUUUCUUGGUUUAUUUUUGUCAUUUUAUAUUUAUAUGCGUCCGCAGAUACUUACGAAUGUAUUUGAGAUGUGUUUAUAGUCAAUUAUUUUUUAACAGCAGGAAAUGUUAACAUUUCAGUUGCCAAACACAAACAUACAAACACCUUCCAUUAGACCUUUCCAGUUCGUUUAGAAUACAGUAUAUAUCUUUCAUGGGAUAGAGGUAAAGUAUUUCCUUAACAGGAUGUACGAACAGGUGAAAUAAUAUGGUACUUGUGAAUAAGAAAAAGUUUAUUUCAAUGCCAAAGGGCCUGGCCAUCAAAUGGACAUCCCAAGUGUAAACACUAGCUUCACAUGGUGGGAUCAGAGACGUAACACUGCUGCUAUUUAACUCCCUUAAAUGAGCCCUAGAUGCUGGCGUGAAAUGCAUAAUGUCCCAACAGUGUGCGAAAUAGAGCUACCUGAGACCCUUAGCACUGAUAAAAAAGUAGUGACCAUCGAUUGUACUAGAGGUCAAUCACAAAGUGAGAACAUCUCUUUUUGUUAGUUGUAACUAUUUGAUCAUUAAAAGUCUUUAUUUGAAAA